AUGCUGCAGAGCCCGCUCGGCGCGACGCCCGCUCUGGCUUCCGCCAUGGACAAGAGCAGCCCCUGCGCCUCCGGACCGCCCGGCUCCGCGGCCGGCAGCAAAGCGCAGCAGCCGCGAUCUGCCUCGGCCGGGCCCGCCGCGGGGGAGUCUAAACCCAAAGGCGAUGGCAAGAACACGAGCGGGUCCAAGCAGCGCUACCACCGGAGAAGAGAAGCCUGCUCCUCCCGACAUGAGAACUGUGGCAGCCAGCCCCGCCGCACCACCCCACAGAAAGGCAAAGCUUUUAACAAGAUGCCCCUGCAGAGGGGAGGCGGCGGCGGAGCCGGCAAACCUUUUAGCUCUUCUAAUGGUGGCAGACGAGAUGAGGUAGCAGAGGCUCGACGGGCAGAGUUCAGCCCUGCCCAGUUCUCUGGUCCCAAGAAGAUCAAUCUGAACCACUUACUGAAUUUCACUUUUGAACCCCGUGGCCAAGCAGGCCAUUUGGAUGGGAAUGGACAUGGCAACUGGGGAAAAAGGAACAAGUGGGGGCAUAAGCCCUUCAACAAGGAGCUCUUCCUGCAAGCCAACUGCCAGUUUGUUGUCUCUGAAGAACAGGACUACACAGUCCACUUUGCUGAUCCAGAUACCUUGGUCAACUGGGACUUUGUGGAGCAAGUGCGAAUUUGCAGCCAUGAGGUGCCCUCCUGCCCAAUCUGUCUGUACCCACCGACUGCAGCCAAGAUCACUCGCUGUGGGCAUAUCUUCUGUUGGUCCUGCAUCCUUCACUAUCUCUCCCUGGGCGAAAAGGCCUGGAGCAAAUGCCCUAUUUGUUAUGGCUCUGUUCACAAGAAGGAUCUGAAGAGUGUGGUGGCUAUGGAGACACGGCAGUAUGCAAUCGGUGAUACCAUCACCAUGCAGCUGAUGAGGAGGGAGAAGGGUGUUCUGGUGGCACUGCCCAAGGCUCAGUGGAUGGAUGUGGUGCAGCCUGUGUACAUUGGAGAUGACCAGCACAGCCAAUAUUCAAAACUGCUUCUGGCAUCCAGGGAGCAGGUCUUGCAGCUGGUGAUUCUGGAGGAGAAAGCAGCAUUGCUGAAACAGUAUGAGGAAGAAAAACAUACCCCAGAGGCUUGCUUUAUUGAGGCAGCUAUCCAGGAACUGAAGGAGCGAGAAACAGCACUCUCUGUUGCUCAGGGUAAAAGCAGUGGCAUUGCUGGACUCAGUGCAGCUGUGGAAGAAUUGGUCCUAGAAAGCUCCAAGGCUGUGGAGCCUGCAGUUUCCCAGGAGAAAAAGUGUGGUGUGGAAUAUCUCUCUGUGUUUGAUGAGGAGCUUGUAGAGCCUUGCUCUGAUAUGGCAAGUUCCUUUUCACCUCCUGUGGAAGCAGAAGAGGCAGUGCUGGAUGAAGAGGAGGUACCUGAUGUGGGCACUGUAGGGGAACCUGAUGUGAACACUGCAGAAGAAGCAAAUUCAGCUGAAGCAAGCUCCCAAGAACCUAAAGAUACAAUCAGCAGUGGUCAUCUUGGCAGCUCUCCUUUUUACUAUUUCUAUCAAGCGGAGGAUGGGCAGUGCAUGUACCUGCACCCCGUGAAUGUGCGCUGCCUUGUGCGAGAGUACGGCAGCCUGGAGAAGAGUCCCGAGAAGAUCACUGCAGCGGUGGUGGAGACAACCGGCUACUCCAUGACAGAGGAUAUAAGACAGCGGCAUCGCUACCUCUGCCACUUGCCCCUCACCUGUGAGUUCAGCAUUUGUGAGCUGGCUCUGAAGCCACCCAUCAUUUCUAAAGAGACUUUGGAGCUCUUUUCAGAUGACCUGGAGAAGAGGAGGCGCCUGCGGCAGAAGAAAGCUCGUGACGAGCGACGGCGCGAACGCAGAAUUGAGAUGGAAGAGAACAAGAAGCAGGGCAAAUAUCCAGAGGUCCAUAUUGCUUUAGAGAAUCUGCAGCAGUUCCCUGCUUUUACCUCUUGCCCUGAAGAAACUACCAGCAUUGAUCAUUCAAGCUUCUGUCUGUCUCCUCUUGGCAGAAGCCCUGUGUUUCAGAGAGAGUCUGCUCCAGCUCCACUCUCACCUGCUGCCAGCCAGGUCAGCCCGCUGCUCUGUGGCAGUUUAGAAGAGGAGUCUCCCUUCCCUUCCUUUGCCCAGAUGUUGAGAGUUGGAAAGGCAAAACCAGAAACGUGGCCCAAACCUGCUCCAAAGGCCAGAGAUGAGAGCGCUCUGGCACUCCCUGUGCCAGUGGACAGUGAUGGGGAAAGUGACAGUUCUGACCGCAUGCCUGUGCCCAGCUUCCAGAACUCCUUCAGCCAAGCUAUUGAGGCAGCCCUCCUGAAACUGGACAGACCGUCCACAGCUCAGCAUUUAGCAGAGGAGAAGGGAGGCAAGAAAAGAAAGAAACAGAAGCAGAAGCUAUUGUUCAGCACCUCUGUUGUUCACACAAAGUGAUUCUGCUAUUCAAGAGAAGUUUCCUCUCCUGGUUUUCUUUUCUUUUUGCUUUGUUUUGCUGCUAUAGUUUAAGUAUUUAAAUUUGAACAGACUAAACUUGUGGUUCCAGGGCUUCUGGGAGGUUCAGGAGGAAACCAUGACAGUGUAUGUUGAAGUAAGAUCUUCUGAUUCCAGCUGCUUAAUCAGUUUAUACUGAAACAAAGUUUUGAAAGAAACCUCCCCAAGACAAAUCAGCCAAGGCUUCCAGUUGGUUCUUUCGGCCUAAUAAGCAGUGUGAAACUCUUCCCAGCUGUGAGGCACUGCAGUGUUACUGGAGCGAGGGGGCAGAGAGCCUGUGUCCCUGGAAGUGGUGACGGGCAGCAGCCCAUCUGAUGUGACAGCAGUGCUGUUCCAGUAAAGCUGUCACCCUGCUCUCCUGAGAACCUGAUUUCUGCAGCACUAGACAUGGGCAAAAGAGCUUCCUGGCCUUUAGGGUGUUAGCUGCUAUAUUUGUUCUAUUUCUAAAGAGCAAGAGUUCCUCCUGUUCUCCUGGCUUGGAACGAUUUAAAGCUGAGAUGAGCAUAAAGCAGAACUUGGCUGCUUGGUUUGAAGUGACUGGAUGAAUCUGUGUUUCCAAGAGUGUGCCAGCACUAGAGGUAGCAGGAACUUCCUGGCUUCUCUCAGUUGUUCAGCUCUGUUUUCAUGCGGGUGAGUGAGGCUGCUGACUUGAGUUUGUUGUUUGCCAGCUGUGGGCUACAUGUUCUUUUGUAAGCUGAUUAUCUAGAACAAACACUCCACCCUAGGGCUUUUGAUAGCUACCUGAAUGAUGUUCUCACACUGGCUGCUCUAGAAUUGAAAGAACUGACAGCUGGAGUCCUUAGACAAGUUUUAUCCCCAGCAACAAACUGGAGUCUCUUGUACUGCCCAUGGGCCUGUGUCCAUUAGGUUCUGAGAUGUCCUUUGGUCUGCACGAAGCACCUGGAUCUACCACCACCUCUUCUGGAGCCCUCCCUGCUUUCACUUUGGGUGGUCACGUUCUGCACAGCUUGUGGUUUGAUUUGAGCUAAUGAGUUUAGUGGUGUGGAUUUUGUUGAAUAAAAUGAACUGUAGGUGUAAUGUACCAGUGAAGGCCAACAGUUGCAAUAAAUCACCCGCACGUGUACUUGCGGUCCUGCACCCUUCCUGAGCUGUCAGCGUGGGGCACAGGUUCAACCCUUACCUUCCUCCUGACAGAACUCAUGCCAGGGAGCUGCUCUCAAGUACCACCUCGUGUACAGUGCAAGACUGACAGUGUCUUCUGCUCCCUUUGGCCACACUUGCACCAGUGGUCUGCCUGCACUUGACCAGCUGUUGACACUGUGACUGGGCUGGGCAAGGAGGCCACGUGUGUAACUCCUGGGGUCACAGAUUUGAACCCCAUUAAUGAAGUCAGUGCCUGUGCCCCUCUUUGUGUCAAUACAUUGAGGCUUGAUUUCAAAGCAGUAGGCUCCACAUGGUACAAGUGCUUCUUUAAGACACCUCUGUGUGCCAAAGAGAACACUUCCCAAAGUGCUGUGUGCAGGAGACACCUGCAAAACAUUCUUGGCAAGCAGCCUGCCUUCACCUGGUCACAAUAAACUACAUUUGAUGGAAAGGGCUGGGCAGCAGCAUGCGAAGAAACCAAGACAAGGUGCCUGACCGUGGUGGCACACCUUGCUGUGGUGCUAUGCAUGCACAGGGCAGAGUUACUGAUGAGGGCAGAGAAAGCAGCUAUGAAAGUCAAGUAUGCAGUUAACUGCCUCCAUAAUACUAUUGAUGUCAGGGGUUGGAAGGGACCCAAUGAGAUCAUUGAUUCCUCUUUGUGAGUGAUUUUAAGCCAUGGAACAGGAGUAACUACUUAGUGUCUAACCAGUACCUCAUGUUCUAUUAUCUCUACACGUUUCUAGUCUCUUUGCAUUGGGAAGAGAGACAAAGGCUGGAGUAGGUGCAAUUCACCCCCACCUCUCACAGGGACUAGAACAAGGGCAGUGAUGCAGGCAGGGCACUGUCCCUUCUGCUGGGGCAUUCUCCACAAGACAGCAUCUUCAAGUUGUAUCUUGUUUUCCUAUGGAUUCAAGAGAUACCAGCAAUGCUCUUUUCUUGUUAACUGAUCGGUGUAAAUUCAAUAAACAUCUAAGCAGUACCUGUACCUAUGAGUUUUAUAAGGGGCUGGAUGGAGUCAAGCCUUACAGUUCUGCCGUGCAUUCCCUGUCACCUCUGCUCCUGUGUACACCACUGGUGCUUUUGUGACUCCCAGCAGUGGGCAGCCCUGUGGAUGAGA